GCGGUUCCGGGUUCCCCGCGGGCCCGAGCGGCCGUGCGUGCCGGCCCGCGCCGCUAGGAGCCAUGGCCGGUGCCGAGCGCAAGAAACACGUCCGCUUCGCCGGCUCAGCGCAGGUGGCGGCGGGGCCCGGACCGGGACCUGGUCCGGGCCCGGGCCCGCGCCUCCCCGCCGCGCCGCACGCGGAGGUGGCCGUGGUCGGCGGGCGGCGGUGCGGGGAGGGAGCCGCGCUGCGGUGGUGCGUCUCCGCGGCGCUGUGCGCGGCCUUCCUGGGGCUGGGCACGAGCAUCGCCGUGCUGGGACCGACCUUCCAGAACCUGGCCGACAACGUGCACAAGAACGUCACCGACAUCUACUACAUCUUCGUGGGCCGCUCUCUGGGCUACCUGGGCGGCUCCGUGCUCGGCGGGAUCCUCUUCGACCACGUCAACGCGCACCUCCUGCUCGCAUUUUCCAUGCUUGGAACCACAGCUGGUCUUUUUGCCAUACCGUGGUGUAAGAGGUCCCUGCUGCUGACUGCCUUGAUGUCGCUCAUUGGAGCUGCCAUGGGAGUUCUUGACACAGGUGGCAAUGUUCUUGCACUGAACACGUGGGGAACAGAGGCCGGACCGCACUUGCAGGCCUUGCACUUCAGUUUUGCCAUGGGUGCAUUUGUGGCUCCGAUCCUGGCUAAAAUGGCAAUGGGAAAUUCCGAGCCCAGAGACCUUCAGGCAGGUGAAAAUGCAAGCCAGUCUGUCCUGAGCCCCGUGCCAACAGCGUCGGCUACACUAGCACUGAAACACCAUCUUGGUGUCGAUUUCUUGUGGUCCUAUAUUGUCAUAGGGACCUAUCUUCUGUUUGUUUCUUUCUUCUUUUUUAUUUUGUAUUCAAAGAGCAGCUCGGUUCGAGACAAAUCAAAGGCUUCUGCGCAGAAAUGCAAGGUUGCCAAAUACCACCAUGUCCUUAUCAUUCUCCUUUUCCUUUUCUUCCUCUGCUACGUGGGAGCGGAGGUUACUUACGGCUCCUACAUAUUUACUUAUGCAAAGGUCUUUGCUGAGAUGAAAGAAAGCGAAGCAGCUGCUCUGAAUUCUGUCUUCUGGGGAGCGUUUGCUGUUUGUAGAGCGGUGUCGGUAUUUUGUGCUGCUUGCUUAUACCCCGGCACUAUGAUCGUGCUGAGCCUCAUUGGCUCUGCUGUCUCCUCUUCGUCCUUGGCUUUCUUUGCACACUACCCAAUUUCGCUGUGGGCUGGAACUGCGGUGUACGGAGCCUCCAUGGCCACCAUCUUCCCCAGUGGCAUUUCCUGGAUCGAGCAGUACACGGUCAUCCAGGGGAAGUCAGCUUCUCUCUUCGUGGUUGGUGCUGCUCUGGGGGAGAUGUGCAUUCCUGCGGUGGUCGGGUACCUGCAGGGGAGGUUUCACCACGUUCCUGUGGUCAUGUACACUGCGCUGGGAACUUCGGCAAUGACGGCCGUGCUGUUUCCUGUGAUGUACAAAUUGGCCACCGCUUCUGGAGAGAGCUCGAGAGAGAUGAGCGAAAGCGAGGACAGGAAGGCUUUGUUGUCCAGUUCGGGGCUUAAUGAAGAUGAAGAGGAUGAGGAGGAUGCAGGAGAGUGGAAUGAAGCAGACUUUGAGGUAAUAGAAAUGAACGAUACCCUGAGAAACUCUGUGGUAGAGACCUCUCUUAAGGCAGCAGGGGACUCCUCAUCCGAAGCCUCCCUCCAGCCACAUCCAGCUGAUGCUGGGGGCGAUUUUCCAGUGGCAGCUGGCAGCUCCCCUGGGAGAAAAAGCAUGAAUGUUGACCGGGAGAAGAACGAUUAGAGUAACAGCUGACUCUUUGGUUUUUAACUACAAUGCAAUGGAAUCGUAGCCGUUGUCAUAAAGUGGUUCAAGGAUCUUCUCAGAGUACAGAGGAGGUUUCCACCUUUGCCCGUCCUUCCUCCUUCCUCAGUUUCAGUCUGCAGCGAUGUAUCCCGGAGAGAGCCCACAAUGAUGUGAAUGUGGUAACGUGAUACAAUUUGUAGACUAUGCUGAAAAUGUUAAAACCUGAGAGGUUUUCUAAAUGUCAGGCAUGCAUUUAAGUCAUUUACGCUGUGAUGUGAGCUAGCUGGGAAGAAGCUGCUCAGACCACUUGGUUUCUUGGAGGUGGGUGAAGGGUGCCGUUCUGAGCUCCUUGGUCACACAAGGUUUUCAUCAGAAAUGAGAAAUCUGUUGCCUGUGGUGCUGAACUUUCUUAGCUUGUAAAGUAAGAAUGUUAAUACUGCUUUUUGGGUCGGUGUGUGGCAAACCAGGGAAUCAAGAAGUUGAAUUUCGGGUGAUGUAAAUGGGAUAUCCUGAUGGCCAAUCACACACUCUUCUGAUUCUGUCACUAAGGACAGAACAAAAGGUUAAUUUUUAGGAGUGUAACUGUGCCUUUGGGUCAUUUAAAGGUGGUGUAUGGGAACGAGAACAAAAAGUGUCAUAUUUAUCUGCUGUAUGGCUUAACUCUGAUUACUCGUUAACCAGUGGUGACAAAUCUAAAUACGUUAAGUACCUGUGAUUGUACCUGUGAUUUGAAUUACUGCAUUACCAUUGAAAUCAACAAAUAUAUGAAGAAAAUAUUCAGUGAUACGUUAGAUAAAACUCUGUUGAUGACAUAGGGCCAUGAUAUUGUAAGCCAGUUCAGUUGAAAGGUUUAACAAGUUCUCUGGCUUCCCGUGCCAAGGUUUUUACACAGCAGUGUGUCACAGCGGCGAUUUGAGAAUGAGAUGGAAUAUUGAUGAGAUGGAUAAUCCUAUCCAGUUGUAGUGUGCCUGCUUGCUCCCUGUCAGUUGGGUGCUGCCCUUUGGCUUUUCUUUCCUUGGGUAAUGACGCACAGCAGGUGCCUCCUGAAAGAGAAGCUGUGGUUUGUGUGUUUAGAUUCAUUGCUCCGGAGGGGGAAGCCCUCAGGUCUGGUUGUGUCACCGAGUCCUUCCCACUAAGAACAAAGAUGCAGCAGCUGAUGGCAAAGCCUGAAGCGGUGGUUCUGCAACAUGUCUACUUGAAAACCAAAAAUUAGUAGGUUGCUAUUUUUUUGAAGCUGUGCGGUCAGAAUGUGGGUUGGUUUUCUGUGUUGUUUGGGUUUUGUUGUUGUUUGCACUAUUCUUACUAUUUUUUUGCUAGGAGGUGUAACUGCUGGCAAUAGGAAGAGCUCUAAGUGUAACAUAGCACAGAACUGUGGAUGUUCAGUGUGCUUUCAGUUGUUUUUGUUCCUCCUCCUGUCCCCCGUGUGUUUAACCUGGAACUGAAGGGCUCUUUCCUUUCUCCUGAAAAGUUGGUAAGGAGGAGGAACCCAUUUGUAGUGAAAACGUGGGGUUGUUUUCUUUUUCUUUUUCAUCCUGCAAUGUUGAAGGGCCUCCUUGUCCUGCUGCUGUAGGCAUUUAAAUGCCAUUGCCUGUUUGCCUGAUUCUUCUUUCCUUGUGUGUUACAUAUGCACACUUCUAAUGCAAUGCAUGAAGCUGCACUUCAACAUACAGACUUGCUCCACUUGCUACACAGGGGUUAUCUUCUUUGCCUAGAGUUCUUGUAAAUACUUCUAAACAUCAACCCAAAUCCUGUUCUGGCUACACGUGGCAGCAUUUGAUCAACAGAAGUAAGUCUGUAUGGCCUUAUGCAUUCAGUUAGCUUCAUGUGAUAGUCAUAGAAGAAAGGGCUUGGCGGAGAGAAUGACUGACUUAGGUGAGUGGAGAUUAAGCCUGGGUUUCUUACAGUUUUCUUUUUCCCUCUUCCCUCCUGCACUCUGCAAUAACUGUUCUAUAUUUGGAAAAUAGGGAGCGUUACCUGGCAGCACGGGUGAAUCAUGUUGGUUUUAUGGGGAGAGGAGAAGCGACACGUGCUUGUGCUUCUGCUCUGCUUUUAUGGGAUGCACUUUGCCCCCAGGGGGUCACAGUAGAAGAACCCUCUGGUAGAAGGGUUCAGUGUAGGGCAGACAAUAGUAGGAACCCAGACAGGUGUGGGGCAGCUCCCUGCUGCAAGAGCCAUCCAUGGGCUUGGCCUGAACCAACAGAGGGACUCCCGACUGUGUCUGCAAAAUGAAUGAAUACGAGGCACAGAGAAUGUCCCAGCUGGGUUAUGCACCAGAACUGCAAACCUUUGGCUGCUCUCCAUCUGAAGUAGAAGUACCCGUAAUUAGCAACUUAAAAAACAGAACAAUGGGGGCUUCUGCUGAUAGGAAUCUUCACUGAUUUUAAAAGAGUCUCCCUGUACCUGAGAUCAUGUCGCCAGAAAAAAAUUAGUUUAAGAAACCUUCCUGAAAGCAGGCAGGUUUUACAAACAAUUUGCAAUUCGUACACAAAUUUCUGAAUGAAAUUUCAGAUUGGAAUGUUGUGCAAUGAAGAUUAUUCUCAGGGAUAGCUAACAAGUUUCACAUAAUCAAGUAGAGAAAAAAAACAGAAAAUGAAAAUUAAAGCCCCGUUGGGAAACGUGCUUUAACCUCUUUGAACCAUCUGUAGCUAUGUACAUUACAUACACGUGUAUAGCUCUGUAUACAGAUGGAUAGGUACGUACACGCUUACUUGUGUUUCUGACCAAUAUGUCAUCACAACAAAUGGAGAAACGCUGUCCAAACUAAAACCCAUGACUGGCCGAGUGGCAGUGGGUAGCAUCACGCUGGAACAAUACCCACAAGCCUCUGCCUGGAUGACUGCUGAACUGUGAGUUGUCCUUGCCAGGACUUAAAGCUCUCGGUGGCUUAAUUUUGGUCUCAAAUGUGAAUAGCACAUGCAGACAUACAGAGCUUGUGCUCAUCUCCCCUGAACAUGUGCAUCUAGAAUCAGUGGCUGCCCCUUAAUGGAAACAAAAUGUUGAAUGCAAUUUAAGAAGUCCUAGGUCUGCUUUCAUCUUCGGUGCUGAGCCCAGCUCGUGGCAGCUGUAGAUGUCCUUGAUGCUCAGGGCUGUUGCUUUCCUAAUUAACUGGAUUUUUGGUGUUCCUCAAGACUUUGUUUUAGGAAACGAAUAUUAGUUUUCAUAUAUUUAAAUUUUCAAAGUAAAUUACUUCUUGGCAUAUAGAGUGAGGAGCUAUUUACAGUGUCUUUUAAAGUUAGGGGUAAAAUCAGUGUUUAAGCUCUGUGGAGGACCUCUUAAGUGUUAUUUAUGGGUGUUACCUCACCAUUGCCUUGUUUAUGCUGGAAAGUUGUCCAGGUGUUGUGGAGAGAUGGCUGAAUGUAAUGUCAUUCAUACUUUUGCCUAUAAUAGCAGGAUUGCAUUGAGGACUGUCAUGUGCCCAUUUCCUCCAGCGUUAAAAGUAAAUUCUUGCAGUUAAAUGUCACACAAUAUUAGUACUUAGCCCUGACUCACUCCCAAAGGCUGGACUGUACUUCAGGCACUAAGGAGUUACUGCUGGCGCUUGUACUGCUGUUCUGUAAAUGACCCUUCAGUGCUGGAAUGCAGAGCGGGCAACAGUUUGUGCCUCGGUGGGUUUUUGGUUCCUUGCCAUACAAGCUCAUGGCAAUCUGGAUAUGUUCAAUUAUAUAUUCAUUGUUUUUAUUUUGCUUGCGGUGGGUUUACAUAGUACUGUAUAACGUGGACUUUAUAACACUGACUUGUACCUUGAAUGUAAUAAAUUCUUAAUGGGAGGAGGCACUCAGGUUCCUUUAUGUAAAUAAAGUUUUGUUCUAUUUUUAAAAGCUA